AUGUCCUUCUACCAGCCUAGUUCAAACGCUAUCAAGGGUCCUGAUCCUUUGACCGACAAUUGGACUUAUGAUAGUGCCAUUGAUCUCUUCUCUUGGAAUCCUAUGAUGUCCGAUCCUUUUACAUUUGACCUGCCCGACGAUCUCAUGAACUUCGAGCCUAAGGAUAUGUCUGCUAGCAUGGUCGCUCCGUCGGACAUUAGUGGUUUUGCUAUUGGCAACCAUAUGGGCGAGGAUGCUGCCUCGGUAUCUGACCCCGAGAGUGACGACCACCCAUGGUCCCCUUCUGCCCAUGCAGCCUUUCCUGAGCUCUCUCCCGUUACCUCGACCGAGCAAUACCAUCAAGAAACCGCUUGUUACUCUACUACCCCCGACGCCACCUCGCCUCAAGAACAACCCUCCUCGCCACCAGCACGAUCUACUCGCAGACGAUCAUCCGCUGACGGCCCCGUCCGCAACGCCGCCAAACGAGCCGCACACAACGUCAUUGAAAAACGUUACAGAACAAAUAUGAACGCCAAGUUUGUGUCUCUCGAGAAAGCAAUGAACGGCGGCAACGGCGUGCAGAAAUCGUCAAGGAGUGGAGGCUCCGCAUCGCUUAAGAAAUCUGAAAUCCUCAGCAACGCGAUUGCCUACAUGCACGGAUUGCAGGAGGAGAAUCGAUAUUUACAAAAGGAGCUGGCUAUCGCUAAGCAGAAUCUUGUGCCCGCAGGGAUAUGGCGGGGUGCUCCUAAACGGGAGACAAGUUAUCGCUAA